AUGGAGAACACAGAUAAUCGAGGUGCUAGGGACAUAACAUACGGAAUGUCCAAAAGCGCAGCCUGUAGCGAUGAUGACCAUGCCCCGAGUCGCAUGUCGACUAAUGAUCGAAAUUGUCGGGCAGCGCCAUCGCCGUUGGCAGAUGAAGGCGCAUGGCGAAUUCUUGAACAGUUCCUCACUACCGACAUGACGUACCCUCAGAUGGAAAAUGCAUUUUCUGCGUACCUCGGCGGUCGAUACAUCGCGGACGACUGGAAGGAUGCUAGAGACGCGUUAUUCUCUGGUGAUGGCAAUGACAGCAUCGCCUUAGCAAACCUUUAUGCAUUAAAGGCCAAGCACAUACCCCUACCGUCGUCUUCAUCAAGGGUAAACAGCCGCCUCUCAAGCACUCCCAUUCAACAACCGCGUAAACGUCCCCAAUCGAGGACGGACUCAAGCACUCGUGUUCAACAACCGCGUAAACGUCUCAAACGGAAUCCGUACAUCAUUACCGAAGCAGAUGAAAGUGAAAGAGAAGAGGUAGAUGUCGAAGAUGAGGUCGAGGUCGAAGAUGCCCCUUCUGUGCGAUUGCCGAAGGUUGCACACUUUUCUGGACCAUCAGCUAAGGAUAGGUUGGCUUCAGCAUUCGAUAACAUUUUCGAUAGGAUCGGAGAGAGGCGAUCCUUCUCAUUAGAGACUCACUCUUGCAAGGCCGCUUCAUUCUCCCGUGCAAUCGAAGGCAGAAUGUACCUCCUCCAUGUUCAGAGAAAUGGCGCAGAUUACAUCGCUGAACACCUUAGGAGUCAAGGAUUUCCCGUUACGGUGUCGGCUUGGGCAGCAGGCCAGUUGUAUGUUGUUGCAGAUAGCCCUAAAGCUAUCUCAACGUCGCUUCCAGCCUCACAUAGUUUUGCCGUUAAACAAUACAUUCGGAUUUCAGACGAGGAGCGUCAGGCAGUCGAACAUUUAAGGUCCAAACUUCCCGACCCAGGGUGGGUGAGGAUCAAAUAUGGAAAGUAUAAGGGCGACAUGGGAUACGUCUUUGAUUCUGAUCAAUCCAAUGGUUUUGUUACCGUCUUGAUCGCUCUCCGGGACUUUCCCUAUCCCAUGCCUGGUCAUUCUGUGGCCCUACUAGACCGAUCCCGCCUCCCUAAUAAUGAUCAAGCCGUUCGCGACAUUAUCCGCGAUGGAAAAGUCGCGGGAUGCUCUUAUAAAGGCGAACUAUACUAUAUGGGACUCUUAGCGAAACAAUUUCACCGUGAUCGCCUAGAAAUCGUUGCAUCUCCUCAUGCUGAUGACAUCCGACUGCAUAUGCAGUCUGGGUGGGACACACCCUUCGUCAAGAAAACGCUGUUAGCGUUUUCGAUGCAAUUCUUGCGCGCAGGCGACCCUGUCAAGAUCAUUGCAGGAGGAAUUUGCUCAGAGGCCAGUACAGUCGUCUCGACGGAUCACGCUAUUGGCUCCGCGCGCUUGGAAAUAACCCUCGAUGGACAUCGAAGAGAAAUUGACGUUCGGCUUGAAGAUAUAGAGCGUGUCUUUCGUGUCGGUGACGAAGUUCGAGUUGUUGCAGGUCCAUACUUGGGUCUAGAGGGGCACAUUAUUCAGAUAUGUGAUGAUGAGUUCCACGUCUGUCAAGCAGUCUCCAAAGAAGAGGUACUCGUUUCGAGGUACUACUUAGAUCGUUGCCCAUUGCAUCACACAUUUCAAGCGUCGCUACCCACACGGCAACACUUCGAGCCUUGCCCUGAGUCCGAUUCCAUAGAAGUCGGGGAUCACAUAGAAGUGCUUGCAGGCGAGCACUGGAGGAAAUGCGGCGUCGUGGAGUGGUUUUCUAUGGGGGGCACCAUGCUGUGGUUCCGGGAUAUGAACUUCACCUUGGCUGGGGAUGAUGUGAAAUCUAGUGUCGUACCGUCAAGAAUUCAAGUUCCUGCGACAGUUGUUCGGCGGACCAAGCUCCCCGAUACCCUCAAGUACACACAGGAAAGGGGCUAUGAUGUGAGGCCCGGAGAUGUCAUUGACGUCCCAAUCGGAUUCGUGAUCAAGGUCAUUGGCCAAGAAGUUUUCAUUGUUGGGGGCGAACGGAAGGGAUACCGAGCUACGCUAUACGGCGUCGGUUCAGAGACUUGCAGAGUUGCUGUACAUGGGCAGCCGCGUAUUACACUCAGUCGCCAGGACGUUGUGACUAGCUAUGGAAUGAGAUUGAAUGGUGCGAUGCUGGAGGGACCGGACCUGGUUUCUUUCUGUAACAUCCGGAGAAGAUCCUAUACGAUAAUAAAGCAACAUCGAAGCAUUGCCCCCCCACCUAUCCAACUUCCAGCCAGUUCUUCGACCAGCGCAGAUAGUAGCUUGCCGUCUUGGACUUCCUGGACCGACAACCAGGAGGGUACUGCAUGUCACGAAUCAUCGAACAUCACACUCAGCUCAUCGACAUUUGACCCCUGGAUUGUCAAUCCCCAGGACACCCAGGAUAAUAUUGAUGCUAGAGCGGAGAAACUCCGAGAAAAUGGCCCUCUACCUUGGUUAAUGGGCAAGGAGUAUUCUUCGACGUUUCUCCUGCAUCACGCCGUGUUGAAAGUCUCAGCGGGCUUCAUGGGAGGCAGGUUACACAAACGGUUUGUGUCAAUGGCUUGUCCCGACCCCUUUUGCGGUGCGAAUGGACCUGCACCCGAGGAUUGCGUCGCUGUAUUCUGCACAUCCAGUAAUGCAGGUGCCGCGCUUCAACAUUAUCAUAUCCCCGCCAGGGAUCUAUCUCCAGCUCCUCCACGUAAAAAAAACCAACUCGUCUUUGUUUUAGAAGGUGCCUGGCACUCUUUCCGAGUCUUCCUGGCCAAGAACUCCGGAGAGAACCCAGGAGAAGAAGCACCUUGGGGUAUCUGA